AUGGGUACAGGAGACAUGCCACGAGUACGCCUUCGAAAUACGGAACCACUCAAUCGUGUUUCAAUUUCUGCCCGGUUCAUACAAUUUAUCACAGGCGGUGAUACUUGGACUAUUCAUCAUCUCAGAACGUUCGUCAUCACGUUUUUCAGUUUUGCUCUGAUACACGCGGCCAGGAAAACGUUAUCCACUGUGAAGCCAUCUAUGAUUGCGACAUGGACUCAUGGUACUUCUACCAAACCUCCGCUUUUUCCUACCGAUCAAGCAGCAUCUGAGUUUCUUGCAAUGCUGGACGGUGGAUUCCUUUUCGCAUACUCUGUGGGUCUGUUUGGAGGUGGUAUACUGGGAGAUCGUUACAAUCCUCGUGUUGUUUAUCGAUUGGAAUGUGGUUAUCAGCGAUUGCAGUGA